AUGAGCAACAAUAUUAAGAACCUUUUCAUCAACCUAUUAUUGUCUGAUCGUCCCGUCCCAUCGAUUCAUUCUCUUCAUCUUUCUGCUCUCGACUAUUCAGUGCGCAUUAGUUUCGGUCUCGUGUUAGACCAGGAAUUUAAAAAGUCGACCCAAGUCGCAUCAUCAGAAUCAACAGUUCAACCUCCUAUUUUUAAUAUUUAUUGCUGUCAGAGGAACGCUCUUUGGCGGCAACCGAGAAUGAGUUAA